AUGGCAACCGUAAUCGCAUUUAUUAGCCAAAAAGGAGGUGUCGGAAAAAGCACUCUUGCCCGGGCUCUGGCCACCGAAGCCAGUCAAGAAAAGAUGAAAGUAUUAUUGGCCGAUUGUGAUCCUCAGCAAGGAACUAAAAUUGCCCGCCAAGCGGAUUUAAUUAUUCAGCCGACUGGUCCCAGUGUUGAUGAUUGCGAACCAGCCGUGAAAGAAUUUCAUGCUUUAAAAGAAGCAGGAAUUAGCAAGAAAAAAUUAUUAUUUGUUCUUAACCAUUUAACCACGACUGGUGAAGAAGUAAAUGCUCGGGAAUAUUUAACCCAAGCUGGUUAUUCAGUAUUAAAUAUUGGCUUAACCGAAAAAGCCUCCUACCGUCAUGCCCAAAACCAAGGAUUAGCGAUUACCGAGGUAAUUUAUCCCAGUUUAAAAAAGCAAGCCCAGAAAUUAAUUGAUGAGAUAAUUAACAAAAUUUCAGAAUAUAACUAA